CAUUCAAAUCUGACAAAAUUGUCAUCUUUAUUGAAGGUCAGUCCAUUUUUUGAAGAAAUAAUGUUUUAAAAUUAGAUGUUUUAUAAAAAAUUCAUCAAAUUUUUUUUUGUCAUAUGCAUCACAAUAAGGCAGAGCUCUAUAAUCUAUUUGUAACCCAACAACAGAAUUAGAGAAAAAAAUAUGGUUAAGAAAUAAGCUUUCAGAAAUAACAUUAAAAAACCCUUAUAGUUGAAUUUUAAAUGGAGAAAUAUGUUUUAACUUAAUUAUUUAUGACAAGUAGUAAAAGCUUUUAACCAUUUAAUGUUGGUUUAUGGCUUUCAAAAAUGUGAGUUUGUUGUGUAUAAAUUUGGAAGAAAGUAUUACAGUAAAGUCAAGAUUCACUUAUCUUUAAAAAAAUUGAAAUAUUUAAAAAUACCAAAAUUGCACAUCUUUUGACCUCACUCAUACAAAUCUUUUUAAUUAAAAGUUUUCUAAAUCUUAACAAUAAACUUAUCCGAUGGUGUUUAAAUAACUUUUAAGUUCUUUUUUAUCUUCAAAUUUUUUUAGCACAGGAAUUAAUAUAUUUUUGUCGAUUUUUUAUGAGUUUAUUUACUUCCUCUGCUUGUCAUCAAUUUCAGUUAAUUUAUGUGGGCCUGAUCUGCGUUGUAUUUAUUCAUUGUUAUUUCCAUGCAGAGAAUAAAUUUAAAUAACAACAUACUGGAUGAUGCUAAUGAGAAUCUCACUCUGUUUGCACCUUCUGACAUGGCUAUGGAGAGCUUCCUGACCUCUUUCAACAAAUGGAAUACAUCAUCAUAUUUUGAGAAGGAAGAAAAUGUUAUGACCUUUUUCAAGUAGGUGAAUAAAGAAUGGAUUAAAAUGAUGGUAUAUGAGAUAAGAAUAGCAUGUGACCAAGGCAUAACAUUUCUAUAUGUCUGUAAAACAUUAAGGUGUCACAAACUAUGUUUUGUCUAAAUUUUCACAUAUUGUCCCAAACAAGUUUUACAAAAAUAAUUUACAUAAAUAAAUGUAGCAAUAGAUAUUAAAAUGAAAAAUCAAAGAAAAUCAUGUUGUACUAUAAUAGCUUAAGGUUUGUGUAUGAGGAACAAUCACUUAAAGUUUUUUUUUUUGUGAUGCAUUUCUUCUUCACUGAAAAAACCCUUGUUAUCUUAAAUGAAAGGAAAUAUAUUUUACUUUUUUUCAUAAAUAGUGCUUAAUUUUUUUCAGCUUUCACACGGUUUAUUCUGGACUAACCUCAAAAGAUUUUCAGUCAAUGAUUGACAUCACAAAACGUUAUCAGACUCUUUAUGAUGGCUUC